GUAGAGUCCCGAUCAUUCAAAGCUGUAAAUAACACAAUUGUAAAUCAUGCGACCAUUGACAGAAGAAGAAACAAAAACCCUUUUCGAAAAGCUCGCAAAAUACAUCGGCUCUAACAUUAAACACUUGAUUGACCGGUCAGACGAAACCUACUGCUUCCGUCUGCACAAAGAUAGAGUUUACUAUGUCAGUGAAUCAAUCAUGCGCAAAGCUGUAUCUGUCGGCAGAGAUCAACUUGGCUCAUUGGGUGUGUGCUUUGGAAAAAUGACAAAGACAGGCAAAUUCCGACUUCACAUCACUGCCCUCGAUUACCUUGCACAGUACGCUAAGCACAAGAUGUGGGUUAAGCCCAAUGGUGAAAUGCCCUUCUUGUACGGCAACCAUGUUGUCAAGGCUCAUUUGGGACGAGUCACUGAAGAUACUCCAGAACAUCAAGGUGUUAUUGUCCUCAACAUGUCCGAUGUUCCUUUGGGUUUCGGCGUCACCGCACGAUCAACCUCAGACUCUCGUAAAUUACAACCCACUGACAUUGUAGCUUUCCACCAAGCUGAUAUUGGUGAAUAUCUCCGUGAAGAAGAUACACUCUUCUAAGUGAAAACCAACUGAGAACCGCUCCGCCCCCAUCUACAUAUAUCAUUGCAUUCAUUCCAAAAUUGUUGAAUUACACUUUUACAAGAUAUAAUAAAAAAUAAAAAUAA